CGAAGGCAAAAGACGACGGUCGUGAGGUGUACGUAUGGCACGGUCGACGGGAUGACCGAAAGGUAUAAGAAGGGCCCUCGAAUCGAACAUCCUCUUCCCUCUUUUUUCCUCAUCAAAACAUUCUCAACCAACAAGCUCAUCAAAGCAAACUUGAAGCACUCAGCUCUCUAAUCGAAUCCACUUCGACAAUCUAAAACCCAGAUUCAAAAUUCUCAAGAUGAAGUUCUUCGCCAUCGCCAGCACUUUCGCCAUCGUCGCUGCUUUCGCCAGCGCUGCUGCAGUCGACUCCUCCUUCGAGCUCGUCGAGGCACGCGAGACUCCCACCUGCCUCAUCGACGGUGCCAUUAGCGGUGCCUGCAACCUCAAGUGCGAGCACCGCGGAGCCAAGUCGGGCAGCUGCUCUUCGGGAACUUGCGUCUGCUCUUACCGCAAGCGUAGCGAGGAUGAACACUCGGCCAUGAUGGCCAAGCGCGCCGAGGACCUGGCAAGCCGAGACUUGGUCCGUCGUCUCUCUUGCCAAGUCGGAAACAUUGGUCCUCUCAACUCUGGAGACGCCCUCUGCUCCGCCUCUUGCCUCGACGCUACGGGCGGAAAGAAGGACGGACACUGCAACGAGGACUCGGUCUGCAUCUGCAACAAGUAAAUGCUCGGCCUCAAGAGUUCAAUGGUCAAGAGGACAUACAGCCGCUCAAUCAUGUCGUUCUCGCCAAGCGUCUACCCAGCCGGUUCUGGUGGGCUUGUCGAGGGCCACCAAUAUCUUACUUACAACAUCUAAAGGCUUUCGAGCUCAGAUUAUGACUCUCCCUAAUCUCCCGACCAUUCCCCACUUCUUUGUACCUCUAGCCGUUCACAC